UUAAAUAGUACUUUCAGUUCGUCUGAUAGAAUUUAUUGGAUUCAGAAAGCUUGGAUUGUGAAUAGCUUCUUACUCUAGGCUUCAGGAAGAGAAAGUACAAUUUGUCUUCUUUCCUAUUUGCUUUCAAAUCCGAGAAAGAAACUUUUUUUACCACAUCAUAUGGAGCAGAGAUGGGAUCUAUCUUCUAAGUUAUGAAAAUAAGAAAAGCAGUUCAAACAGGUGGUUUUCUUUUAUUUCAGAUUUUAAUAGUAUGUUUUUCUUAAUUUAUUUACUUUUUAUUGAAAUAAUUAUUAUUUCAGGAAGAAUCACUGAUCUAAUCUAAUUAAUCGAUGCAUAAGUUUAUUGAUUUGUGUUUAUGUUGUUGUUAACUAGGAAUUUCCUUUGGAAAAAACUAGGUUUCCUGAACCUUAUGGUAUUUGGUUUCUAUAAACAGUACAUAUUUUUUUCUCUGAACGCAUAUAUAUAAGAAGUUAUUAAUAGAGAGAAAAUUGUACCAAAAGUCGUCUAGGCUUGAAGGAAUUCUUAAUUUUUUUCCUUCUGGUGGCUCGGUCGCAGUAACAAGUUUCAAUCUAAGUCCUGUUUUUUAUGCUAAUUACUUGUCUGUUUUGGUUUAUGUAUGCUAUUUUCUUUUUUUUUUUUAAAAUCCUUUUUUUUUUUUUUUUGAUAUAUUGAUUGAUGGAGGAGCUUCCUGUUGAUAUAAAAAUGGAGAUCUUUUCUCGUCUUCCUCCGGAUCCGCUUUUGAACUGCAAACUUGUUUGCAAAACUUGGGAGAAGCUUCUCUCACAUAGAAAAGUGGGUCUUCUUUUCUUGAUUCGGACACCCUCCAAAAGGAAUCUUGAACUUUACUAUGGCAGUUAUGAUGAAAUAUAUGAUAAAGCUAAUUCUGGUGAGGAGUUUCCACACAAAAGUCUGACGAAGAUCAUUCAUCCUGGCAUUAAUUGGCAAGGUUCCUUGCAAUGUUUUUUCAUAGAUCACAUAGUUGGUUCGUGCAAUGGUCUGGUAUGUAUUCGUGUGCCCCAUCACAAAGUCCUAGAUCCUGUUUACAUCUGCAACCCUAUAACUACCGAGUACAUCAACCUUCCACGAAUCAAACAUAAGAAGGGUUUUGUUGUGAGCGGAUUUGGCUACCAUCCUUCAAACAACAAAUUUAAGGUUAUUCGAAUCCAUUAUCCAGAUAGAGAGUACUCUGAUAUGCCCAUCACGAGCAAAGGAUCUGUUGAGAUAUACACACUUGGGAGUGACAGUGGGUGGAGAAGUAUUGGAGAAAUAACCUACGCAAUCUCCAGAAGGGGUGUCCUUGCAAAUGGAACAAUCUAUUGGUUGGAUUACGAGCAAGCAAAAAUCGUGGCAUUCGAUUUGUUAAAUGAAGAAUUCCGAGUGCUCCCAACCAUACCACAAUGUCUUGAUGUUAGUGACAAAGCCUUGUAUCGGAAGAAGAAAAUCUUGUAUCAAAUGAGGGUGUUGGGUGGGCGUAUGUGUCUUGUUUAUUAUGUAUUUGGCAAGGACAUGGAUAUAUGGUCGUACAAAAAAAUCGAUGAUGUUGAAGAGGGAUCCCAAUCUUGGAGCUGGAUUUUGGAAUUUCGUAUACCAUCUUCAGUUAUUGACGUGAAUGAGUUGCAUGAACCGUUUGCCCUCACAAAGAAUAAUGAGGUCCUAAUAUGGGUAGCAAAAAGGGGUAUUUCUUGUUAUGACAAGAAAACGGAAUCUCUCAAGGUACUUGUGGAGGAAGAUUAUAGAUUGGGCGAGUGCCAAGGAAUCCCACACAUGAGCUGUUUUCUUUCAGUGAAAUCUUUUGGUAUGAAGGUAAAAAGUAGGAAAAAUCAACACACAGAGAAGAAAAUGUCUCCUAACAAUAAAACUAAAUACAUUAUUACUAGAGAUUUUGUUUAAGUUUGUUCGUUUGUUUGUUUUUUAAUAUCUAAUAACUUGUGUCAUCUACAUCUGUUAGCAAUAUGAUUAUGGUUUACAUAA